ACUAAACAGCGCCAUCAUAACGCGCUGUCCCUUUAACAUCUGAGCCGAUUUAAGUGGGACCAACAUGUUACAGUUCUCCUCCCCUUAAUGGAUUAUUCACAAGACCAGUCCCUCAAGACUUCUGAACGAACCGUUUGACAACAGGCCAUAGACUUCAUCCAAAGCGGACGCAUUGGUUUUGCGCUUACUGUUUUGUUAGUUUGUAUUUAGUUAAGGCACGUAACAGGUGAAAUAUAGGCUACUGUGGUUGUAUAGGCAAGAUCAGUAUAGCCAAUGGAUACGUUCAAAGACGACUAGUAAGACCGUAACGAAAUGCUUGGCUGGUUUUCUUUAGGCAGCAGCUACUCGGUGAAUGGAGGUAACAUUUUGUUAAAAUGCCAUAUAAUGAAUAAUAAUAGAUCAAGCGAAUAUAUUUCUUAGAUAUAGGUCGAUAACUUUAUGGUCUGGGGAUUCAGACAAAGAGGGAUGGACAGAACAAAGUAAUACGCGUUCUGUGGCGUGGACUUCUGUGAACUGACGCUUAAUGGUGCGCUAAUAGUCAUUUGUUUGGAGGCGCUGCAUCAUCAUGGUGGUCGAGAGGACACUUCUCGCAGCGAGGCAAGGGGAUGUGCAAACUCUGAAAGUACAGUUAGCGGAGAAAGUACUCAACAGCGAUGUGAAAGAUGUGCUGGGAGCGACUCCCGUACACCACGCCGCGCGAGCGGGGAAGCUCACCUGUUUGCGGUAUUUGGUUGAGGAAGCGGGUUUACCGGCGAGCAGCCUGGCGAGAAACGGCGCAAGUCCCGCGCACGACGCCGCAGCCACGGGAAACCUGAGCUGCCUUCAGUGGCUCGUGACGCACGGAGGAUGUCGAGCGGCCGAUAAGGACAGCUCAGGGGCCACUGUCCUGCACCUGGCGUCUCGCUUCAGCCAUCAUGAGAUCAUUGAUUGGCUGCUGAAAAGUGGGGAAGGGGAUCCUACUGUUGCCACGGAUACGGGGGCAUUGCCUGUUCAUUAUGCUGCAGCUAAAGGGGACUUACCCUCGCUCAGGCUGCUAUUGGACCACAGCCCACAAGUUGUCAAUUUCCAAACCAAGAAUGGUGCCACACCACUAUACCUUGCAUGUCAGGAGGGCCACCUGGAAGUCGUCCAGUACCUAGUGAAGGACUGCGGGGCGGAGCCAAGUAUCAGAGCCAAUGAUGGGAUGACACCGUUGCACGCUGCUGCCCAGAUGGGACACAACACUGUCAUUGUCUGGCUGAUGAGUUUCACAGAAAUCAGCCUGUCUGACAGAGACAAUGAUGGGGCCACUGCCAUGCACUUUGCUGCCAGCCGCGGCCAUGCCAAGGUUCUCAGCUGGCUGCUGCUUCACGGCGGAGAGAUAGUGAUGGACAGCUGGGGUGGGACACCUCUUCAUGACGCAGCUGAGAACGGAGAGCUGGAGUGCUGUCAGAUUCUGGUAGUGAACGGAGUGGAUCUGGGGAUACGGGAUCAGGAUGGAUUCUCAGCGGCAGACCUGGCUGAAUACAACGGGCAUCAGCAGUGUGCCAAGUACCUCCGCACUGUCGAAAACAUGAGUGUGGAGCACCGAGUCUUGUCCCGGGACCCUUCGGCAGAUCUGGAGUAUAAGCAGCCAGACUCAGGCCUCUCCUCUCCGAAUGCUACCCUGCCCACCCCAGCCCCCACCGCGGCCCAUUUCAACAUCUGCUCACCCUCCAGCUCACUGUCCAAUUACGACUCGGCAAACUCCAGCCAAUCCAGUACUGGAGAGAAGAGGAGCAGCACGCCUCCCUCACGUGUACCGACAGGAGGUGAAGAUUCGGCCAUUACGGACAUGCAGGCCUAUAUGGACAUGCUGAACCCUGAUGUAGCAGACGGUUCCCAGAAUGCAAAGGAACAUCCAGCACACCUGCCGCCCCCUCCAACAUUUCCCCCUCCCCCUCCUCCCUCAGACUCCUCCCACACCCCUCCUCCACCUGCCUACCCCCCACCCAAACCACCGGAGGAGGAGGAGGUGUCUGCCGAGUACCUGAAGGUGAAGAGAAACCUUCGCCGAGUGGACAAUGAUGCAGUCAAAAAAGAGCAGCUGAAUCCUGGUGAGGGCCACGAAAGGCUUCGAAGAGUUGACUCUAAUCGAAAGUCCCGCAGCUUCAGCAAGCAGCCCAGCACUGGGGAUUACUACAAAACCCUGGGUAGCGAUACCGCAGACCAGCACCCCAACAGAGCCAUGGCACCCAACGAGGAGGGUUCUGCACUGUUGGAGGAAGCGGCAGACACAGCGCCUGCUCCUGAGAACGGGACGGGAAACACAGAGAAUCUACCCCUUCCUCCUCCACCACCUCCUCCACCCGCCAGCACCUUCAUCCCUCCUCCACCUCCUCCUCCACCUCUUCCAUCAGAGUUGCCCCCUCCUCCUCCACCCAGCACCACCGCACCGGCCCCUGCCCAGCGCCGCAUGUCUUCCUCCUCCAGCAGCAAUAAAUCCUUCAACAUGAUGUCCCCCACUGGAGAUAAUUCUGAGCUUCUGGCCGAAAUUAAAGCUGGGAAGAGCCUGAAGCCAACACCUCAGAGUAAAGGCUACACAACCGUCUUCACUAACAGCGGCACAGCGGGGAACAAUGGGGAACGUCCGUCGUCGCCGCCAGAGCCUCUGCCAAAACCCCAGCCCAACAACACCCAAUCUGCAAAGCCAGAAUCUCCCCCGCCUGCUUGUCCACCCACUCCACCCGCUCCCACGACCAGCGGUGGGUCGCCCCAGAACCUCUCCACCUCACAGAGCAGCGAGAAGCUCGCAACUGCCGUCAACGGAAAUACUCCUGCUGUCCAGAGCAAGUCCAGCGUGGUGGACGUAGAGAGUCUGGUGCCCACACAUGACGAGCAGGGCCGAGCCAUCCCAGAGUGGAAGAGACAGGUGAUGGUGAGGAAACUACAAGUGAAGAUGCAGGAGGAGGAAGAGAACAAGAGAAAGGUUGAAGAAGAGGCGGCCCGUUUGGCUUCAUUGCCUGCCUGGAGGAGAGAUAUCAUGAAGAAAAAGAUGGAAGAGGAGAAAAAAGAGGAGGAACAGCGGCGAAUGGAAAAGGAGAACGAGGAGAAGUCGGAACUGGAGCGACUACGAACGCUAGGCUAUGAUGAAACCAAGCUGGCACCGUGGCAGCGGCAGAUUAUUUUAAAGAAAGGCGACAUAGCGAAACAGUAGUAAACUCCCAGUCAUCCCCUCCACUCUCGCACAACUCUCUGUAGGACACUGUUCAGAAUCUGCCAGACCCUUUUAGACACAAACCACGCGCUUGGGUCACCAGACAGCGUUCUGCUCGAUGACCUCUUCAGCAUCGCGUCGUCUGUCUCAGUCUCAGUCUCAGUGUAUUGAGCUCUGAAGAUGCACUGUAACUAAUGUUUUUACUGUGGUCGGGUCUUAUGCCUACGAUUGUUUAACUGUUUUGAAACUCGGUCAAUUAUUUUGCAAUAAAUUCAGAAAACAUCUUCAGCGUUCCCCACCUGAUCCAUUAGCUUGUUUUACAUCUCAUUUGAAAUCUCUAGUAAUAUUUUCAAUUAUAAAUAGAAAAUAUAUGUCAAGGAAAUCAUAUGUACUCUGCUUGAAAGCUUUUUUUAAAUUUACUUUAUGUAAUCUGUUAAAGUGCCCCUAUUAUGGGUUAUGAAAGGUUCAUAUUUUGGUUUUGGGAGUCCCCAACAACAGGUUGACAUGCAAGGUCAAAAAACACUUUCAUUUUCUUAUAAUAUGCAUUUAUUUUUUUACCUUAUUUGCUCAACGACUCCCAAACGAUUCACUCAACGAUUCAUUUUUCCAAACCCCUCCUUUGCGUGACGCUAAUCUGAGGUGAUUGGUCCGAUUUCAUUUAAAGCAGCUUUUAACGCUCCAAAAGCGGCACCUGGUAGCAAAGAAUGAAUGUGCAUUUUCAUUCAGACCAAUGCGAAAAGACCAACAAGUGGGCGGGCAGUAUGCUAAUGUUUCAUGUUGACGUCACCAUGAAACGGCUUGGGAUUCAUUUUAAAAACGACUCGUUUCAAUGAUUCAGAGUCGACUCUUUCUUUUGAGAGACAAUAACUUUGUACACGGUGCACUUUCAGAUUUAAAACUUUGCAGGAUGUUUUCAUUCACUCAGAGCUGUUACACAAUACAUGAAAGGUCAUUUUCAAAAAUCCAUAAUAGGGGCACUUUGAUAGUCCGGAUAUAGGCUAGUCCUAGAUAUGAUAGUCCUGAACAGGUGUUAUGGCACAAUGUAUUCUUACAUAAUGUAAGUGAUGCUUUGUGUUAUGGUGCAUCUAUGUUUCUUACAUAAAAAAUGCAAUUUGGAAAUGAUAAAUUAUAUAUAUAUAGAAACAAAUGCAAAAAAGAAGCAUUUUACCAGUAGUCUCUUUGCACUGUACAUAUACAUGUUUCUCCAAAAGGUGGCGUUAGAGAUCACAACUUAUAACUGGCCAUGUAAGUCUUCCCAGAUAACAAAGCACAGAAUGUAUUUCAGACAACAACCACUAAUGAAAAAAGAUUGUGAAAUCAGAGUGAAACCCAUAAUUGCACAAGAGAAGCCAAUGUCUUAAAUAUUCUAUUGCAUCUGAUGGUCUAAGUGAAAAAAAAAAAAAAUCCCUGUCACCCUUUAUACUGAGAUUUACACAGGACGUUUACAUUGGCAGGGGAAAUGAAGUCGAUUAAAAUGUCAUGAAAUCAUGACAGUGUAUUCAGCCAUGCUGCGUUCCCCAAAAAAUGAAGCUGUCCUUUCCUUCCCUGCUUGGCAACUGUAGCUUGUACUUUACUAUUAAUGUGUUUAGAGUAACUAGACAUCAGAAAAGUGCCGGAUGUGAAACUGUAUGUGUGUGUGUAUGUGUGAGAAAGUAUAUGUGUGUGCAUAUUUACACAUGCAUAUAAACGUAAUAUGUCUAUCCUGUGUCAUUCACUGUGCGAUGGGUAGAGUUGAUGUAUUUUGAGUGUUUUUUUUUUUUUUUCUGUACAACUGUAAAAAAAAUGACAUGAGUUACAAGUAUAAGUGAUAAGCAUGGUCCUCCUUGAGUUUGGGAACAUUCUGCUUGCGUUUAUCAGAUGCCAUAAUGAUGCUGAAAACAAAGAUGUGAACGUCAUUGCCAUUAGAACAUUUUCUAUUCAUAAUUACUCCAUUUAGAAAUACUUAUUAUAAAUUCUUAUUGGCCAAUAAUAUCAUGGUCAGUUACAUGUUUUUCCUGUUUUCAGCCUGGCUUUCAUAGGCAGACUAUUGUAAACUUUCAUUUUCCCAAUGGCAACAGUAAUGUAAUAAAAAUCGAAACAACAA